AUGCAUUCCACCAGCCUAUUUACCAAUCCAUAUGCAAUAGAAGUCCUAAGAACUAAAAGAGAAGAGCUAAUAGAAGGCAUUAAUGACCCUGACCACCUUCUGAGCUGCCUCAUAGACAAUGGCAUUUUUUCUCCAGAAAAAAGGAUGGUCAUGAGUUUCUACAGGACACGAACAGAAAAGAACUCUCGAGUUUUAGACAUCCUAGUUUCUCAAGGUGAAAGAGCCUGCAGGCUCUUUUUCUAUCCAUGUUUAAAGCAAGUGGAGCCAAAACUUUAUAACAAGAUGAGAAAAUAUGUCAGUGAAGUAAACGAAAGCAUCAGAGAUGCCAGAAGACAACUGAUAGGAUACUUACUUGAAAGGGACAAAGUUUGGUUUGAAAAGAGCUGUGAACAGUACCAACAAGAAGGAGAGAGUCCUCAAAGAAAAAGUCACAAAGGGGCUACUAAGAAGAAAGGAAAAGAAACUCAGCUUUCAGGAGCAGCAAAACCUAGAAAACGUCAUUCUGAUAUUGGCAUCUUUGAUGCAGCUGCCAACGGUUGUAUUUCAGAGUUAGAGAAAACACUGAAAGAUAAUGAUAUUAAUGCACUAAACUCUUCAAAUGAAACCCUUCUGCACGUUGCAGCCUCUCAGGGGCACCUAAGCGUAAUGGAAUAUUUGAUCAGCAAAGGUGCUCAGCUAGAUGUGAUGGACCAGAAAGGGAGAACACCUCUGCACAGGGCUGCUGAGAAAGGCCAUGGUGAUGCAGCCAAAGUGCUUCUCCGCUGCGGUGCUCACAUGUACAGUUUGGAUAAAGAAGGCAAGGCACCACUUCACCUGGCUGCACAGAAUGACCACAGUCACAUAGUGAAGAUGUUCCUGAGAGAAGAAGCAAGAAGCAGUGGGAACCGACAUCACUUUUUGCACAUGGCAGCUCUUAAGGAUGAAAGCAGUCUGGCAAAAAUGCUUUUAAAGUGUGGUGCCUCCACUGAUGGGAAGGAUGAGAGAGGACAGACAGCUCUCAGUUAUGCUGUUUCUCAGGGCUUUGAAAACACUGCAAAAGCACUGCUGGAAGCUGGAGCCAGUGUUGAUUCCAGUGUGGCCGAAAGAGCCUUCGACAGCAGCCACCCAUCCAUCUUCAAAACACUGCUAGAAUAUUCUAAAGAUUUGCCAUCGGACAUAAUGGAGUCGGCUCUUUUUAAAGCUGUACAGAAAAAUUUGCACGGUAUUGUAGCAGCUUUAGCUGACAGAGGUACAGAUGUAAAUGCCUACAAUGAAACGCAGUACACUCCUUUACUCCUGGCGUGUGAGACGGGCAAGGCUGAAUGUGCAGAAGUUCUAAUCGAAAAGGGAGCAAAUUUGGGAAUAAAAACCCCUGCUUCAGACACAGCUUUGCACCUGGCAGUUCGGGCUGGGGCUGCCUCCAUCACCAACCUGCUCCUGCACAAAGGGAUGGAAGCCAAUGUGACCAAUCAGACUGAUGAAACCCCACUCCAUACUGCUGCACUGCACAACCAUGGAGCAUUGGUCGGCCCGUUAGUCAGCGCAGGGGCCAAAAUUAAUGCUGUCACUAAAGAGUUUGUUACUCCCUUGCAUAUUGCAAGUCAAAGAGGCAAUGCUGAUGUUGCCAAACAGCUGUUGCACCACAAAGCCAAUGUUAAUGCGAAAGAUAAGCAGUCAAAAUCACCUUUACAUUUUGCUUGUGAAAGGGGAGAUAAAACAAUGGUGGAGAUGCUUCUGAAUGCUAAUGCUGACCCCAAGGCACAAGACAAGGAGAAAAAAACACCUCUGCAUGCUGCAGCUCUGCGAGGCCAUCUCAGUAUUGUUCAAGUUCUGCUAGCUAGAAAAGGAAGACUUGGAGAUAAGGACAUGGAUGGAUGUACUCCCCUGCACUAUGCAGCCAUCAGAGGAGACACAGAAGUUGUAAAAAUUCUUUUGACAUCAACGAAAAAUAAGAAUAUUGAUGAUAGAAACAUUUGGAGAAAGACUGCGUUGCAUAUUGCAGCAGAAUAUGGGCACAGUGACUUGAUAUACUUAUUGCUGAGUUAUGGAGCAGCCAUUAACGCCUUAGACAGCAAUAAGGAUACCCCAUUGCACUGUGCUUGCAAGGUUGGUCACUUAAAUGCUGUAAAUUCCCUCAUAAACUGGUCAGAAGGAGAAAAAGCCAAUUUGCUAGCAGCUAAUAGCCUCAAAAAGACCCCAUUGCAAGUAGCAGAAUGUAACAAAACAAAGAAUCAGGUUCACAUUGUCACCCUCCUGAAAAAGAAAAUGUUGAUGGUGUAA